AAGGAAACCAUCUUUUAAAUACUACGUAUUUCACCAACUACUUUGAUUUCUGAUUAGGAUUUUGGACAUGUCACAAAUUACUUUGAUUUCUGGAUAUUAUUUUAAAAGAAAGAUAAAAGAGAAUGAGUCUGGCAUUGGAGCUUCGUGUCUUGCGUCCAUAGCAGCUUUGGCGUUGAUGCUUUGCGUCGAAGAAAGAAAGGGAAGGCCACGUGUGUCGAAUGAAGAAAGGUUAGGCAGCAUGUCACUUUUUUGGAAGAUGUGAAAAUACUCAUAUAUUUGGAAAUCAAAAGUCCAUUAGUAAUAUCCAGGUCAUCCUUGAAAAGAAUAUUUGCUCUGGUUGGACUUGGCUUGCCACACAUAGCCAAUGAUGCACUAGAUUUGGUGACAGUCAUGAAUGACACAAUUGCGUCGAUUAUUUAUGCCGAUAGGAAUAAGAAGAGCUUGGAGAUAUGGCUAAUGAGUGAAAGCCAUAAUAAUGUCGGUUGGGAUAAACAACCAACCAUAGAAUUUGGUGGCAACAUGUACAAGCAUGACUCCCGGAAACCAGUGCUUGGUCGUCAUAUGAAGGAACUUUGGCUUCCGGCUGGAAUAUGGAUUCAGGACGGUCAUUAUCAUUUGCUUGUAGUGCCAUAUGCUGAUUGUGAUGAUUCAAUCUACUUGUUGGAUUCGGAUGAUACCGUUUUUCGGUGGGAUGAAUUGGGUCAUGUGCCAUAUCUAAUUUCUGUAAAUUUAGAGACUCAAGCGGAGAAGAUUAUUUAUUUGACUCAGGUAACAAAGAGUGUCAACAUUGUUUCCACACCUACAGGAUAUGAUCAAAUUUACACGGAACUGGAUAUAGAAGAUCCAGAAUGGUUUGAGCUGAAAACCACCGCGACUGAUGAUUUUUUUGCCCGGUUUUACCACGGAAGUUUAAAUUUUAUUUAGCAUGAAAAGUGUUAUUUAUUUAGUUUUCUUUGCUUCUAAAAUUCUACUUCACACCAAGUUGAACUACUUAUAUUGAUCAUUUGAUUUAGUGAAUGUUUUGAAUUGCACUGUUACUUAUUUGGUCGGAUAUGUUGAAACUCAUUGGUUUUACUUGAUUAUCAAGAAACUAUAAUUAUCAGUGGA